AAAGGCACCACUUACUUAGUCUUCUCUCGCCGGAACUCUAGCCACCGGCACUCAUCUGCAGAUGAGGCCACCGGACAUGUAUGACCAUGGCGGCAGCUCGUCGUCCCGGCCGCGCGGCAAGGAGGAGCUGCAACCGGAGGUGGUUCUCUACACGGCGUCAGCUUCGGCGUCGCGCCGCCGAGGGCGCACCACCGCCGACCUCUACGCCUUGCGCGCCCUGCUGCGGGGCUACGGCCUGACCAUGGACGAGCGCGACGUGUCCACGAGCAAAGCGCACUGCUGCGAGCUCAAGUCGUUGCUUGCGGCUCGCGGCUGCGCCUUCUCCCUCCCGCAGCUCCUCAUCGGCGGCCGGCUCGUGGGCGGCCCUGACGAUGUUAGGCAGCUGCACCAGGCUGGCGGGCUGCGGCCUCUCGUCGACGGCGCCCCAAGGCCGCGCCGCGCCUUGGUCUGCCAAGCCUGUAAGAGGGUCGGCUCCGAGCCCUGUCCAAAGUGCAGCGAGUCCCGCAACAAGAUGCUGGAUCAUGGCAUUACGGAGGAGGAGGAGGAGAAGGUUGUCAUCUUUUAUCCAACCCAAGAUGUUUCAGUGGGAGGUAAAGGCAGAGAGAUGGAUGCGAGUUUCAGUGUUUCUCUGGGCGCCAUGAGACCCCUUCUUAAGAAGCUUGACAUGAUGCUAGGUCCUCAUGGAUGCAAGCUAACCAAGGGGGUCAAUGAUAGGUCUCAGCUCCUCAAAGAUGAUCUUAAAGAAAUAGCCACAUACCUUGAAGAUCUGUUUGAGGUGGAGGACCCUCCCCUGGCGGCCAAGUGCUGGAUGAAAGAGGCACAUGAGUUAUCUUAUGACAUCCUAGAUUGUAUUGACAACUUUGUGCCCCCUGAUCAGUCUCUUGGCUACAAAUUUGACCACAACAUCACUCAUGUUAAGAUUCCCAAGAGGCUCAAGUGGCAGAAACAAAUUCAAUAUGCAGCUCCUGAUGUGUCAGGACAUGUUAUCUCCAAAACCAUCCGUGUUGAUGUAAUUUGUGCUCCCAGGAGGCUCAAGUGGUACCAGCAGAUCGUUGAAAAGGUAUCAGAAUUUAGGAUUUAUGCCCAGGAGGUGGUUCGACGGUACGAUAGAUACCAGGUCCACUGUUGUAGCACCUCGGUGGCAAGUAGAUUUUCAGCCAUUGGGCCUAUGAUGCCAAUGCCGCCACCGCCUUGUGAGAAAACUUGUUCCGGCCUAGUAAUUGAUGGUCGGAUGAGCAAGUUUAUCAAUUCCCAGCUGGCUAAUGAUGAGAAUCGGCAGCUAAGGGUGGUGUCCAUUCACGGAUCUGGAUGUCUUGGUAAAACAAUGCUUGCCAAAGUGUUGUAUAAUAAGUUGGGGAGGCAAUUCCAUUGUCGGGCUUUCAUCCAGGUGUCCAAAAAGCCUGAUAUGAAAAGACUUUUCCGCGACAUGCUCUCACAAAUCCAGAGAAAGAAUCCCCAAGCAAGCCAAGACGCUUCUGAUGAACUUCACAUUACUGCUGAAAAUAUCAAGAAUUAUCUACAUGGCAAGAGGUAUCUUAUUGUUGUGGAUGAUUUAUGGGAUACAGCAACAUGGGAUAUUAUUAAUCAGCUUUUCCCCAAGUUUAGUCAAGGAAGCAGAAUAAUAACAACUACACAGAUCGAAGAUGUUGCAUUAGCAUGUUGCUGCGAUGACCCAGAGCAAGUUUUCGAGAUGAAACCUUUGGAUGAUGAUCACUCAAGGAAGCUAUUCUUUGACAGGAUUUUUGGUUCUGAAAGUAACUGUCCUGAAGAACUGAAACAAGUUUCAAGCCAGAUUGUAGAAAUAUGUGGUGGUUUGCCGCUAGCCACCAUCAGCAUAGCAAGUCUUUUAGCAAACCAGCCUUCUGUAUCAGUGGGUUUAUUGACACACAUACAUGAUUCGCUAGUGUCUUGUUUGUCAUCCAAUUCAACUUCAGAAAGAACGAGACAAGUACUGCACCUCAGCUACAACAGCCUUCCUCAUUACCUCAAGACAUGCUUGCUCCAACUUGGUAUGUAUCCAGAGGGCUCCGUAAUCUUCAAACAUGACCUGGUCAGGCAAUGGGUGGCUGAAGGGUUUCUUGCUGCAAGUGAAGGGCAGAAUAUGGAAGAAGUUGCAGGGAUGUAUUUCGAUGAACUAGUUGAUAGAAGAUUCAUCCAACCUGUGUCUAUCAACUUCAACAAUGAGGUGGUGUCCUGCACAGUUCAGAACAUGGUUCAUGAUCUUAUUGCACACAAGUCUGCAGAAGAGAAUUUUGUUGUGGUAGUAGAUCACGAUCGAAAGAUUUUGGCACUUUCUCAUAAGGUCCGUCGACUAUCUCUCCAACUUGGUGAUGCAAAAUAUGCCCAGAUACCAGCAAACAUCAUAAAGGCACAAGUACAGUCACUUGGAUAUUUUGGAGUAUCAGAGUGUAUGCCUUGUAUCGGAGAGUUCAAACUUGUUCGUGUUCUAAAUCUUCAGCUGUCCAGUCAUUGUCAUGGUGAGCAAGACCGGUUCAUAGACCUCACUAGAAUAUCAGAACUGUUCCAUCUCAGAUAUCUGAAGAUUGUUUGUGAUGUCUGCAUGAAACUUCCAAACCGUAUGAGAGGGCUGCAGUGUUUGGAAACACUAGAUGUUAUGGAUACACCAAGAGGCACUUAUGUUCCAUGGGACAUUAUAUAUCUCACACGCUUGUUGCACCUCAGCCUUCCUCCUCACACAAAUCUGCUGGAUUGGUCUGUUGGUGACGACCUAGGCCUUUGCAAACCGAACCACCUGCAGGAUCUUUGCAUUUCUACACCGCCUUCUUCAGAUUCCGACCAUCUGGAGAGAAGCAUGGAAGCACUCGAUUAUUUAAUGUACGAACAUAACAGCCUGAAAACAGUAAAACUGGUGGCUCAUGGAUCCUCGGUUAGUUACUGUGACGCUUCAAAAGCAAGAGUUGGGUGGAUUUUGGUUAAAAUUACCCACCAUGUCCAGAGAAUCGAGGUCUCACCGCACAGCCCCGUCAUAUUUUGUGAUAUGCAUUUGUGGGAAAUCGAACUUGGCAACCUAUGCAUUCUGAAGAUUGCAGUGGAUGGACUGUCAGUAAAUGAUGUUGAUAUUCUUAGAGGGUUGCCUGCCCUCACUGCUCUGUCAUUGUAUGUGGAGAAGUCACCUGGUAUUAAGAUAAUCUUUGGCACGGCUGCUGGAUUCACAGCUCUCAAGUACUUCAAGCUGAGGUUCAUGAGUGGAAUGGCCUGGCUAAAAUUUGAGGCGGACGCAAUGCCUAAUCUCUGGAAGCUCAGGCUCGUUUUCAACGCCAUCCCCCAAAUGGUGGACCAACGACUUGAUCUUUAUUCAAAGCGUGAUAAGUGGAAACAAUAUCGACAUGGUACUGCAUUAAUCAGAAUCGGCCAUAUGACAGGCCUUAGAGAGGUCUCUGCAAAAUUUAGGGGUGCAGCUGCUGAUCUAGAGUAUGUGUCGAGAGUCAGGAUAGUUAGCAAUCAUCCGGGCAAUCCUAUCAUCGACGUGCAAUUAGUGGAUUCUGGUUCCCAUGGUGCUAAAAGUAUAUCAUGGAGGUCACCGGACUCCUCUUCAUGCCUGCAUCCUCCAGGUGCAGAUGGUGAAGAGCAGCAGGAUGUGGUCUCGUGGAGCAAUACCAUUGAUGUGAUAGGUCGUGACCUCUUCAUCCAUUGCCUCCACCGCCUCUCCAGGUGGGAAUAUGGCGCCAUCGCCUCCCUCAACCGUGACUUCAAUUCAGUGGUUUGCAACGGGGACAUCUACCGCCUGCGUCGCAAGAACGGGGUAGCGGAGCACUGGAUAUACCUCUCUUUCGGUAGUAAUCCUCCGGAGUGGGAGGCUUAUGACCCGUCCACUGGGCGCUGGAUCCAAGUGCCCAAGAUGCCACCGGCUGGAAGCAUCGUCUGGGAGUCGCUUGCUGUAGGAACCGAGCUGCUGGUGUUUGGGGACCAGGGAAGGGUUGCCUUGAGAUAUAGCAUCCUUACCAAUUCAUGGACAUGGCUGGCUGAUGCGAUGAACACCCCACGGUACUUGUUUGGGUCAACAAGUGUCGGGGAGAAGGCGUAUGUCGCGGGAGGCGUUGAUUCUUCGCGUAGUUACUUGAGCUCCGCAGAGAUGUAUGACUCGGAGACACAUACUUGGACACCCCUUCCCAGCAUGAAUAAGGCUAGGUACGGAUGCUCUGGCGCGUUCAUGGAUGGCAAAUUCUAUGUGAUGGGUGGUAAUAGCAGUUGCCACGAGGUAUUGACAUGCGGUGAGGAGUAUGACUUGAACCGGCGGUCAUGGAGGGUCAUCCACAACAUGUCUCAGGGGCUCAACUGGACAGAUGAGGGAGCCCCUCUGUGCCUUGCAGUUCUCAACAAUGAGCUUUAUUGCACUGAUUACAGUGAGAAUAAUGAUUUGAAGCAGUAUGAUAAGCUGGACAACAAGUGGAUCACUCUUGGAAAAUUGCCUGUAGAGUCUAAGGACAAGGGCUGCGACAUGGGUUUCCAAGCGUGUGGUGACCGGCUGAUUGUUAUUGGGCCUCCAAUCAAUUCUACUGGUGAAAAGGUGGUUGAGCUUCAUUCAUGGACCCCGGAUGGGCAACCGCCUGUGUGGAGUUUGUUUGCCACACGGCCAUACGGGGGCUCAAAUAUUGUUUGCGUGGUGAUGGGUUGCUGAAUAAAGGUUGGAUGCAUGCAAGAUAUGAUGCUAGUCUGAAUUUCCUGGGGGCACUCCGCUGAUGAUACAAAAAGACAAGACACGAAUGAGUUCUAGAGAAAGUGCCUGCAGAAACAUCCGAGUUUUAGUCAAUAGCUGUUAUUUCCGGUUGCAAUUUGUGUUCCAAAUUCAAACAAUGAUUUGAUGCUUUCUAUGGUGUUCUGAUGAUCUUCAUCUCCAUCACCAAACUUUAUCUGUACCGUAAAACAGAAGUCUCAGUUACCUUUCGAACA